CGGCCUCGCGACCAUAGCCUUGCCAGAUAUAGCAAGAGGACCGGCCUCUUGCCCUAUGCCUGUGGCAUAACUAAUACUCAAUCGACCGUGGUCGCUUUGCUUUCGCUUCAUGGAGAUAGCUGCCCGGUCGGGGGCUUUGCCACAGCACCCGCCAUCAUUACCCUGUCCGCAGGGCGGCUUCUUUUUUGGCGCCAGAGCACCCUCUCUUUUCCUUCUCUCAAUUUUUCUUUUUUUCCUCUCUCUGGGACGACACGUUGAGGACUGUCAUGUUGCAGCAAAACUCAUUGCCAAUGGAGGCGACUCCUUUCGGAGACUUGUAGCGCCUUUUGCAUUGGGGGCGAAUUUGAUUUCCGACCUACUGCACUACGUAUCUAACAUGGCAUGGCUGGGAAAUGGAAUUGGUACGGAAUGGGUACGGAUCCGACGGCGGUUGCCGAUAUGUCACAAAGGAGCGAUCAGGGAGAGAGUCGCUCACGAUACUCCAGGCAUAACUCUACGGGUUCAAGAAAAAUGAGUCGACCAUGAAACUGACAUGGCCACUUCAUUCCUCCCGACAUGUACAUAAUAUGGUUAUGUCAAAACAAAUGUUGUACAUACACAUUGGAAGUGUACAUACACAUGAAGACGACUACCACACGUUGUUCUGUUCGUUGUCGAUCAUGUUCUUCCACCCUGACCAC